ACGAUGCAUAUAUUGUGAUUGAAAGUCACAUUUGUAAUGAAUUUGUCAUUGGGAACGAUCGAUCAAAUGGUUGUAGGGUAAACAAACUGAUUAAGCAUGUCUUAUUGUUCCUCAAGCUGAUUUCUGACGGAAACUUUAAGCACACACGACGAGGAGUUAGCAUCUCCCACUAGGACCUAACCCAGGGACACUAUACGUCCCUGCCUAACCUAAGCUUAGCCUAGAUGAAGCAUCAGCCCGACCUCGAUUCGACCGGAAUUCGAUGUUUGCGCCAAAACUGUUGCUGUGAAAGGAAAGGGAUUUGGACCAAAUUUGGUGUAGAGCAUCCUUGGGCAAAGGGAACUCAAUCUUGUAUAAACGAGGGCGGCAGAGAGGCAGGGCCAAAUAGGGGAUAUUUAGGUAGACUUUGUGAAGCUACUUGAUGCUGUGUGACCUCCUGUGCAACCUUCUGACCGCUUCCAUUCACCACUGCUGCUGGCAUCAUGACGAGGAAUAGCUAUAAUGUCAGUGAUACCAAACAUACUAAUGGCACAUCUAUUAUGAACAGUCAAGUUGACGAGAAGGAAAAAUUCCUGGCACCAGUGCUGGUGGAGCCUGGCCUGGAUAGUAUCAACAAGAAUCCAGAUGACCUAGAGCUUAACGAUGAGGACAACGCUCCCAAGGACAGAUAUCGUAUAGUGUUCUUUAUAAUGCUGAUACACGGAAUCGGUAUCCUCAUGCCAUGGAAUAUGCUGAUCAAUGCUAAAACGUACUUUGAAGACUACAAGCUUUCAACCAAUACAUCAGAAGUCCAGGAGCUGAGGAACAAUUUCAUGUUUUACCUUGGAAUUGCAUCACAAGUUCCAAACUUCAUCAUGAGUGGCAUCAACACUUUCUGUCAGUGUGGAGGGAUGCCGUCCUCAAGGAGGAUUGUGAUAGCUAUUGCCAUAGAAGUUGUGUUAUUUAUAGCAACAGUCAUCCUAGCCAUGGUAGACAGCACCGAUUGGUCACGGGAGUUUUUCUACAUUACAAUGCUGAUAGCUGUCUUCCUUAACAUGGCCACAGGGGUAUAUCAGAACAGUGCAUUCGGUAUAGCUGCCACUCUGCCAAUGAAGUACACCAAUGCUAUUGUACUUGGAAAUAACUUGUCUGGAGUUUUUAUUGCUGUUUUAAACCUGCUGUGUUCUGCAGGGGCACCUGAUCCAAAAGUGCAGGCCAUCUACUACUUUGUUGUUGCCAUAGUGAUACUGCUGGUUGCCCUUGAUGCAUAUUUCCUUCUCCCUAUCAUGAAUUUUUACAAGUACUACGAAAGCAAGGUAACCAUAGCAUUGUCUAACAGUGAGUCCCCGAGCUCUACAUCCUUCAGCCAGACAAUGAAACAGUUCAAAGAUGUCUUCAUGAAGAUUAAGGUCCAGGCGAUCUGUGUGUGGUUCGUGUUCUUUGUGACAUUAUCCAUCUUCCCCGGUGUAUGGAGCAACAUCAGGAGGAUUGAUUUCCCUCUAAGUGAUCAGAUGUUUGUGGGAAUCUUCUGCUUCCUGAGUUUCAACUUAUUUGCUGUUCUUGGAAAUCUGACAUCCGAGUUUAUUAAAGUGCCUGGUCCAAAGUUUGUGUGGGUACCAAUCCUACUCCGUGGUCUGCUCAUCCCUUACUUCCUGUUCUGUAACUUCCAGCCGGGUACGGGGCGUACUCUAGCUGUCCUCAUUGAGAGUGACUAUGCAGCUAUAUUUGGAGGAGUGAUAUUGGCCUUCACCGGCGGCUACUACAGUAGUCUUGUCAUGAUGUAUGGUCCAAAGUUAGUGGAGCCAGAGGUGGCCGGCAAGGCAGGGAUGAUAAUGGCUUUCUGUCUGGUCACAGGAAUUACCACAGGCGUGGCCUUCUCCUUCCUACUCUCUGUGAUGGUAAGCUGGUAACUGCAGUACCUCCAGAUCACUACCAAGUCUGGGUGUUAUUGAGCUCAUCAACACAUCAACGCCAUAUAUGCAACGUUGAGUUAUAACUGUUCAGCAUCGAAACCAAAAUUAUGACUACUUACCAUUUACAGUCAAGCAAAACCUUCAGGUCAUGAUCAACAAUAUAAAUGCCGGGGAAAUAUCAUGACCAUGUGAUCAACCAAGACCAAAAUUUACAGAACGAGUACAUUGAAACAGAGUUUUCAUACAAGGAAUUUCAAAAUCGUGCAUAGCCUAGUUGGCUUGUUAAGGAUUUUUAUUUAUUUGGAAAUCUAGAGGAAUCACCAUGCUGACCUACCUACACUGACAUGAAACUUGUGAAAUAAUAAGUUUACCAUUAGGUUAUUCGUGUGUUAAUUCCAAAUGUCAUUCAUUUAUUGGCAUGAUGAUGUACAAUUAAUACAUGAUCCCAGUGUUUGUAGAGAAUAGAUAUUUGUAUCCAUGUUGUAUACAGUAGCCUCAAUGUCAAUGCCUCUCAGGGUAAAUGUCACAGCUCAUUGACAUGGGUAUAUUCUUACUGAUCAUCUUUUAAAUUGUUGAUUUACCACAUUCACCUGAUGUAACAUGCCUUGGCUUGUAUUUACAUAAGAGCAUAUGUUGAUGAAGUUGUACAGAAAGUAUUACUUUUUUAACACAAAACAAUGUUAUUUUUUAAGCUUAAAUGAUUGCCUUCAACCAUGUCUUUUGACAAUGGAAAUCUGUGCAUUGUAGUCAAUUUUAGAACAGAUGAUUUUGAAAUAUUCUGGUCAACUUGCAAAGAUCUAGUCUUGUUGGCCUUGUUCCUAGCUCAACUGGAUUGGUUCAUCAUAGCACACACCUAGGGAAAUCAAAACACAACAUUUGAUUGAUUAACAUAAAAAUCAUUGCACAAUUCAUAAAAUUGGAAUUAUUGUACUGGAUAAGAUAAUAAGUCUGUUUAUCAAUGUAUAGACCGAAAACUGAAGUGCACUCUUAUAUAUCUUAUCAAAUUUUACUGACAAAAUAUGAAUCACUCAUCUCAAUACACUUUAGGGUGUAUCUCUAUCAUUACAGGCUU